GGAAAUGCGAGGGAGGAGAGGGAGCAGCCCACUUCGUGCUCAGUCCUGUCCCACACCAUUCCCACACUCGUACUCGCUUGUGUCAGUCGUGAUCCUCAGAGCGCGUGUGAAGCUCUGCCGUGGAUUACCUCAUCGGAGGAGAAGGACUCUGGUCUCCCCCGCGUCUCUCCUUCCAUGAGGAGCAGGGCUCUGGUCUCCACCGCGUCCCUCCUCCUUCAUGAGGAGAAGGACUCUCGUCUCACCCGCUUCUCACCUUCUUCCAUGAGGAGUUGAAAUACUCUGGUCUCCAUCGCUCUUCACAGGCUGGCAGGAUCGCCCUCAACCCCCUCUGGUGGAGUUCCAUGGAAACGGAGAAUUGUGAAUAACGUUCAUCUAAAGACUAAAAUCAUCCGGAGCGACCACAAUAGACCGCCACCUUAAUCCUCCAUCUAAAACUCCAAGGAGGUCCGAGAUGAUUCACUACAGAAGGACCUCAUGAGCCCUCCCACCAUAGUGGAUGUUACCAGAGCAAACUCCAUUUAAAUCCAACUCAAAUUGAACCAAACCGGGCUCUUCACCCCAAUAACCCUUUAAAGAUGGCGAACGAGGCGUCCCACGCCCCCAACGCAGCCGCCGCCGCCCCCACCCCGUCCCUGUUCGCCCCCUCGCCCGGGUACCUCGUCCGGAUGUUCCGCGACUACCACAGCAAAUCCGUCAUCAACGACCACUACAACUACACGGGCAAGCUGUUGGGCACGCGCUACAGCAAGGGACUUACGGUGGAGUCCAUCAUCUUCCUGCUGGUGUGCCUGCUCAUCGUGGUGGAGAAUGCCGUGGUGCUGCUGGCCCUCUGGAAGAACAAGAAGUUCCACGUUCCCAUGUACUACCUCCUGGGGAACCUGACACUGUCUGACCUGCUGGCCGGCUUCACCUACAUGGUGAACAUCAUCACGUCGGGCGCCAACACCCUCACCAUGACGCCCGUCCAGUGGUUCCUACGAGAGGGCGGUGUCUUCAUCAUGCUGGCAGCGUCCGUCAUCAGCCUGCUGGCCAUCGCCAUCGAGCGGCACGUCACCAUGGUGAGGAUGAAGCCCUACCAGGGCGACAAGCAGGGCCGCAUGUUCGCGCUGAUCGGGGCCAGUUGGGUUCUCUCCGUGUUCCUGGGGGUCCUUCCCAUCCUGGGAUGGAACUGCCUGGACCGGCUGCACCAGGACCAAUGCUCCACCGUGCUGCCCCUCUACGCAAAGAGCUACAUCCUCUUCUGCAUCACCGUGUUCUCAGGCAUCCUGCUGUCCAUCGUGGUGCUCUACUUCCGCAUCUUCCGCAUCGUCAAGUCCAACACCCAGCGGAUGGGCCCGGGCCCCCAGCGCAAGGGCCUGGCGCGAAAGUCCCAGAAGUACAUGGCCCUGCUGAAGACGGUCACCAUCGUGCUGGGCGUCUUCAUCGCCUGCUGGCUGCCCCUCUUCGUUUUCCUGCUGAGCGACUUCUUCUGCGAGACCAAGAAGUGCCAGGUGCUGUACAAGGCGGACUACUUCCUGGGCAUCGCCAUGUUCAACUCCCUGCUCAACCCCAUCAUCUACACCCUGACCAGCAAGGACAUGCGCCGGGCCAUCCUGUGCCUGCUGUGCCGCCCAUGCCUGUUCACCGAGGACGGGCAGAUCAAGAAGUUCGGCAUGCCCUUCCUGGACUGCAGCACCAGUAAGACGGAAGGGGUGUCCCACAGAUUGGAGGGGCUGGAGACCACCGUCUCUUCGGGGAACUUCUCCCCCUCGUCCAUCAAGGCCAUCUACCCCAGGAUGUCCAAGACAUGAUCCGCCUGGUCAGUCUCGGAGAUCUUCUUUUGGAACGACCGCAGGAGCCUCUCUUGGGGGCAGGUUCCUACCAGAGACCCAGGACUGUAGCUGAGCAACACUGGGGAAAGGACCGAUGGUUGUUCUGGGUUGUGGGCAUCGCCCCAAGCCGUUGCAUUAACUCUAGAGACCUGGCUGAACCCGACCAAACCAGAGUGCCAGUUUGUGUCUGAUACUUUCAGGCCACCCGUAGCAGAGAAACCGUAAUGCAUUAAAAAGUAAUACUGUGAUCAAUCUGAACCAGAGACCCUUGCACACUGAUCCACCAGCGACUGAGGGAGGAGGGCGGCAAUCCUGGUGCUUUGAUUACACGUAGACAAGACGUUUUUUUGCCUAAUUUGGCCGGAAUGCAGGCUGAACGGCCAAAACACCAGGCGCUUAUCUCCCUCUCUCUCUCUUCCCCCCCCCCCCCCCCCCCCCGCUGCACAUAAUGACAUGUUGUCAGAAACACAGCCGACCCACGCCCAAAACCAUCUCAUCUCUGUCAUCGGUGCUCCAGUCCCCCGGACACAAGAUCACAGGAGGGUGGCCUGGAAGGGUGGGGUCGGCGGGGUCGGCGGGGUCUCUCUUCUGAGAGAGGCUCAGAAGAGCGUCGGUUCUGGUAAGGGUGGGCACCGCAGGAGGUCUGCCCAACACAUGUAGCAUCAGCGGAGAGCAGUAAAGCCUGAGCUAAACCUCCUACCAUGACUAGGAGGUUGUUAUUAGUAGCAAGACACACAUACAAGAGGUGAUUGUACGCAAGAUAAGAUGGGUUUGAAUACCCCAGAUGGGACAUGAGCGACAUCAAGAUAGAAAUGGUUUCAGAAAGUAAAUAAUGGGGGAAUGGGUGCAUGGUAAAGUUAGGUUUGUCCCUCAUUAAGGUCCAUGACCACACACGAAGAGAGCAAGGUGCUUCCAUCUAGAGGAGACGGGAGAGGGCAGUUUUUGUAGAACGGCUCACGAGUUAGACUGGGCAGAGGAUUGACGAUGUCAGCUGGUGAACUCCACAAACAAAACAGUAGAUUCACACUCACUGCCAACACUCAGACCUGUGGACAUUCUGCCACUCUGGGUUUGUGGAUUAAAUAUGGCAGACAAAUGCCAAUAAUCUACCGACUACGGGACGAGAACUGUCUGUAGUGUGAUGAAGGGAUAUUGAUGUUUUGUUUGUCAAUGCAGAGAUCUGUAAAGAAAACCCUUCCACAAUGCAGGCAGCUGAAACCCUGCUAUGACACCAAUGCAGGAAACGGCCCCCUUUCAUGCAGUCGCAAUGUACAAACAUGUAAUUACCUUUAAGAAGUAUAUUGUUUGAGAGUUGACCUUAUGCAAUGUAAAUACUGUCUCUAAUCAGGGACAAGUUUUUAUAAUCAAAGUUCAUUUUUAAUUUAUUUUGCCUUUUUACAGACAUUCAUUCACGACCAAUAAAUGUAUUUUGAAAAUA